AGAGAUUUUUCCUGGAUAAAGCUAAAUUAUAAAGAAAAAUUUGAGAACCAAGGAUCAUGUUUUCACCCCGAAGCCAAAGGUUCACCUCGAAGUAUGAUUGAGAAGAAUGGAACAUUGGGUAUAUGCAUUUAAAUAGUCAAGCGAUAAGAGCUGACAAAGCGAGUCAACAGUGGUUGGUUGAAGCGUACGCUAUUGUGAGCACGACACGAAUUAACACGAAUAAUGACAAGUGGAGAGUUACAUGCAAUACUUGUUCCAUUCGGUGUAACCUUUUACUCUAUAGUUUUCUUGCUGUCAGUUUUGGGAAAUUUUAUUGUCCUCUCAGUUUGUUACCGAUCAAUAAAAAGAAAGGUGGGUUCAUUAAAAUGGUUUAUCGCUAAUUUAGCUGUUGCUGACCUGACGUUUGUGUUCCUGUCUAUACUGGACCUCGUUAGUUAUUUAUCACGUACAUGGGUUGGAGGUCAGAUCUCUUGCAAACUGCAAAGUUUUUUCAUCGAGGCUUGCUACACAGUAUCCAUAACAACUCUGUCUACUAUAAGCUUUGAACGACUCAAGGCAGUGGUCGAGCCACUUCAUACAAUAACGAUUACUCCAGCGCGUAUUUAUGGAAAGCUUAUCGCCACCUGGAGCAUGAGUGUGGUUAUAGCCUCGCCAUUACUUUAUGCCUACCAAACCCAAACCGAUGCCAACGGGAAGGUUUCCUGCACCAACAACAAAUUUGGAGAUUUGGGAAGACAAGUCUAUUAUGGCAUUCAUACGAUUUUCUUUUUCUUCGUCCCUCUAGUCUACAUGAUUUAUGUCCAAAGAAAAAUCUUCAUAUCUUUACGCUCGAGCACCAAGGUGUUCUCAAAGCAAAACAGUUUUACAACAGUGCGCUCUAAACGGCAUCUCAAGGCGGCGAAGCCACUACUUGUUCUAACUAUGGCAUUUGCUGCCUGCUGGUCGCCCUUCAUCUGUGUUCGAGGGCUCAUUUACAUUCAUCUCGCAGAUGAAGGUUAUAUCUGGAGAGCAUCCCAGCUUUUAAUUUUCUUGAACACGAUGUUAGAUCCAAUUCUUUACGGUAUCUAUGGGGAACGUGAGAACUUCAAGGCAAUUUUAAAACGUUUUAUUCCAUGUGCCAAAUGUCAAACCCGUGCUCUGGAAGAACUCAGUCGGUCCACUCAAAGCCAAAUGGCAACUAACAAUGAGAAAAACUGUUACCCAUGGCCAGGUCUGGUAAUAGAAUUAUAUGAAUAGAAGUCAGUCCUACGCCGAAUUAAACCAAACAGUGGCACAUGAG